CCGCCAUCCGUCAUCCUCUAGGCUCCCCCGACCUCAGGCCACACCUACCACCUUUGGUUGUGCUGUUGUCAGUCCGAGGCUAGUCUGCUCCUUUGUGACCAAGGAGGGACCCCCGGCGCCACCUUCGCGGUCGUCUGAGCUCGAUCCGUGAGCUGUACAGCUCGCGUCAGCUGCCUUACAGCCACUCAGAUCCGCACCUCCAAUACCCACAAGAUGCCACCGAAGAAACAGGAUCUCAGCGGCUAUCAAUACUCGGCUCUUUCGGCUCAGGUCACUCAGGCCGACAAGCGUUUCAUUGAGCGGAGAGACAAUGAGCCCACCGGGGAGGCCGAGUCACUGCGUGGCCGCAUCAUCCAAAAGGAUAUGGGCUCUCGCGUUCAAAGAGAGAAGGUGAAAGAUCUCGAUAAGAAGAGGACCAAAGCAGAGGCAGAGGAGAGAACACGGCAAAAGCCAUCCAGAAACUCUGCUGCCAUUGGACCCGGCGUGCAAGGUCACUAUACCGAUGUUCUUCAAGCGACUGCUGAUCUGGAGGGCCUACGUUACGCACCACGGACGGCUGAGACGAGGGAUAUAUAUGAGCUCAUACUGAAUAUCGUCCAUACUGCUCUUGGCGACCAGACCAGUGAUGUCAUUCGCUCAGCCUCAGACGCCGUUCUCGAGAUCCUCAAGACCGAUGAACUCAAGGAUUUCGACAAAAAGAAGGAGAUCGAAGACGUGAUCGGUCAACUAAGUCCUGAGCAUUUCGGACAAUUGGUCAAUUUGAGCAAGAAGAUCACAGACUAUGACCAGGAUGACCGACAAGGCGCAACAGAUAGUUCAGGGAAGUUCCUUGAUGAGGAGGCCGGUGUCGCAGUUCUGUUCGACAACGAGGAAGAGGAGUCGGAUCAUGAAGAAGAAACCUACGUCGUGCGGGAGGACUCUGAUGAUGAGGAUGGAGAACCGGGGCCUGGCAACGAAAAUGCUGAAGCGGAUCGACAACUGGAGGGCUCUUCUAGCGGCGAAGGAGAAUUUGACGAUGCCUUGGUCAUUGGAGAGAGCUCUGGCGCUUCGAAGAAAAGCCAGAACAAGAAUCGGGAUGGUCUCGUCUCAGUCCAUGAGAUUGAUUCGUAUUGGCUACAGCGCCUGAUCGCCGGUCAUUAUCCAGAUGAGCGUGAAGCUACAGAGAAGGCAAAUGAAGCCAUGAGCAUUCUCGCAGCCGACAGCAACAUCCGAGAUUGCGAGAAUGGCCUAAUGGAGCUCUUCGAUUACGAGAAUUUUGGGGUGGUGCAAACCCUAGUCAAGAACCGUGAAGCGAUUGUGUGGUGUACCAAGCUCGGUCGUGCAGAUCAAGAAGAGCGCGUCAAUCUUGAGGUCUUGAUGCGUGAGCAAGGUCUUGGCUGGAUCCUCAAGGAGCUCCGCGGCGGUGGCGAGCACAAAAGUGGCGAGGCUCAGGCACGUCUCGUCCCAAUGGAUAUAGACGAUGCUGCCAAAGCGCGGGCCUACAAGCUUACAACUCGAGCUACUCUUGCUCCUGGUUCCACCGCGCAGCCUCGGAAGGCUGUCGACCUUGAGGCCAUGGCAUUCGGACAAGGCGGGCAUCUCAAUUCGAAUGCCAAAGUGCGCCUUCCUGAAGGUAGCUACAAGAAGUCCGGUAAGGGGUACGAGGAAAUCCAUGUACCGGCGCCAGUUAAGAAACUGGUGCCAGAAAAGGAACUGGUCUCCAUCGCAAGCCUACCCCACUGGGCUCAACCCGCCUUUCAAGGAGCCAAGAGCCUCAAUGCAGUUCAGUCGCGAUGCUAUCCCAUGGCUUUUGGUGAUGAUGAGCCUAUGCUGCUGUGUGCUCCGACAGGAGCAGGAAAGACCAACGUUGCGAUGCUGACUAUACUGCACGAACUCGGCAAAUGGCGAAACCAGUCGACGGGCGAAUUCGAUCUGACCGGGUUCAAGAUCGUCUACGUAGCACCGAUGAAAGCGCUUGUGGCGGAGCAAGCUGCGAAUUUCCGUGAGCGCCUCUCUGUCUUCGGCAUCGUCGUCAACGAAUUGACUGGUGACAGUCAGCUCACAAAGCAACAAAUUGCUGAGACACAGAUCAUAGUCACAACGCCAGAGAAGUGGGAUGUCAUCUCAAGGAAGAGUAGUGACACUUCAUACACGAAUCUCGUGCGCCUAAUGAUUGUGGACGAAAUUCAUCUUUUGCACGACGAUCGUGGGCCAGUCCUCGAAGCUAUCAUCGCCCGGACGAUACGGAGAAUGGAGCAGAUGUCUGAUCCGGUCAGACUCGUGGGUCUGAGCGCUACGUUGCCCAACUACAAGGAUGUCGCCACUUUUCUUCGAGUGAACCCCAAGAAAGGCUUGUUCUAUUUCGAGAGCAACUACCGGCCCUGUCCUCUGAAACAGGAGUAUGUUGGCAUCACGGAGAAGAAGGCGAUCAAACGCUUUCAGAUCAUGAACGAGGUUACGUACGAGAAGACAUUGCAUCAUGUGUCACAGGGCAACCCAGUCAUGGUUUUCGUACACUCCAGGAAAGAGACUGCGAAGACUGCAAAGUUCGUACGGGAUCAAGCAUUAGAGCAAGAUACAUUGACAAAGAUGUUGCCACAAUCAGAGGCAAGCAAAAGGAUUCUACAGGAUGAACUUGAGAAUGUCAAAGAUCCGCAAUUGAAGGAUCUUCUUCCCUAUGGAUUCGGAAUCCACCAUGCCGGAAUGGGGCGCGCGGAUCGACAGCUAGUCGAGGAUCUCUUCGCCGCGCGCCAUCUGCAGGUGUUAGUGUCAACGGCAACCCUUGCUUGGGGUGUCAAUCUACCCGCACACACCGUCAUCAUCAAGGGGACUCAGAUCUACAACCCGGCAAAGGGACGUUGGGUAGAGCUUUCGCCUCAAGAUAUGCUCCAGAUGCUCGGUCGAGCUGGACGGCCACAGCACGACACCUUCGGGGAGGGUGUUGUCAUCACAAACCACAGCGAGCUCCAGUACUACCUCAGUCUCCUCAAUCAGCAGCUGCCAAUCGAGUCUCAGCUCGUCUCCAAGCUGGCUGACAAUCUCAAUGCAGAAAUUGUCCUUGGCUCGAUCCGCAAUCGAGAUGAGGCUGUGGCCUGGCUGGGGUACACCUAUCUCUACGUCAGGAUGCUGCGCACGCCCACUCUCUAUAGUGUGACAGCAGAUUACGCUGAGGAUGACCCUUUCCUGGAGCAGAAACGUGCCGACAUUGUGCAUUCUGCCGCUGUCCUUCUUGAGAAGUGUGGACUUCUACGGUACGAGCGCAAGACCGGCCUCUUCACCACCAACGAGCUUGGUCGAAUCGCAUCUCACUACUACAUCUCUUACACCAGCAUGUCCACAUACCAUCAGCAUCUCAAGCCUCACAUCGGACUCAUCGAGCUCUUCAGAAUCUUUGCCCUCUCAGAAGAGUUCAAGUACCAAGUUGUCCGGCAGGACGAGAAGCUCGAGGUCGGGAAACUUCUCGAAAGAGUGCCCAUACCGGUCAAGGAAUCUCUCGAUGACCCCUCUGCGAAGAUCAAUGUCCUCCUUCAAUCCUGGAUCUCUCAACUCAAGCUAGAGGGAUACGUUCUAGCUGCUGAUAUGGUUUAUGUGACGCAAUCUGCCGGCCGAAUUCUGCGAGCAAUCUUCGAGAUCUGCUUGAGACGGGGUUACGCGCGCCUGAGUCAUAUCGCUCUGGAUUUGUGUAAAAUGGUCGAGAGUCGUCAGUGGGGUUCAAUGACGCCUCUGAGACAAUUCAAAGGAGUUCCGCCAGAGCUGGUCCGUCGACUCGAGAGAAAGGAAUACCCAUGGGCGCGCCUACGCGACCUCGAGCCAAAUGAGAUCGCCGAGCUGAUUGGCGUUCCCAAGGCGGGCGUGACUGUUCACCGUUUGGUAAACAAAUUCCCUCGCCUUGACCUACAAGCGUUCUUCCAGCCUAUGACUAGGUCGCUGCUCUCCGUUGAGCUUACCCUGACACCAGACUUCCAAUGGGACGAGAAAUUCCACGGUAGCGCACAAGCGUUCCACGUUCUCGUCGAGGACGUGGAUGGAGAGAUCGUCCUCUUCCACGACACCUUCCUCCUCCGCCAACAAUUCGCAGAGUCGGACCAUCCGGAACACACCGUGAACUUCACUGUCCCGCUCACGGACCCAGUACCCCCCAACUAUUACAUCAGCGUCGUCAGUGACAGGUGGUUACAGAGCGAGGUUCGCAUGCCCAUAUCCUUCAAAAAUUUGAUCUUGCCCGAGCGCUUCCCACCUCACACCGAGCUUCUGGAUCUUCAGCCCCAGCCUAUCUCUGCUCUGCGAGUCGCUGAAGCACAGCUCAUAUAUGACAAAGUCUUCAGCAGGUUCAACAAGAUUCAGACUCAGACUUUCCACUCUCUUUACGAGGGCGAUGAUUCAGUAUUCGUUGGUGCACCCUCGGGCAGCGGCAAGACGGUGUGCGCUGAAUUGGCUCUCCUCAGGCUGUGGAAUGCCCCGGAGCCUCCUCGAGCUGUGUGCAUCGUACCGUACGACUCCAUGCAGGUGCCUCGGCUGAAGGAAUGGAGCGAGCGUUUUGGUCGAUACAAGGGGGGAAAGACCAUAGUCGGUCUGACCGGAGAGAUGAGUGCUGAUCUCCGGCUGCUCGAAACGGCUGAUGUGGUGAUAUCUACCCCGGAGCAGUGGGACGUUUUGUCGCGACGAUGGAGACAGCGCAAGAACAUACAGAACAUCGGCCUGUAUAUCGCGGACGAUGUGCAGUUGUUGAGUGAUUGGAAGGUCGGGCCCACAUACGAGGCGAUCCUAUCCCGAGCUCGCUUCGUUGCGGCUCAGACGGGCAACAAGACUCGCAUGGUCGCUUUGAGCGUCCCUUUGGGUAACGCGCGAGAUGUUGGAGACUGGCUCGGCUGUGGAUCGAACAGUGUCUUCAACUUCUCUCCAGCAGCCAGGCCAGUGCCACUCGAGGUUCAUCUGCAGAGCUUCAACAUCCCUCACUUCCCGUCUUUGAUGAUCGCCAUGGCCAAACCAGCGUACCUGGCUAUCACCGAGUAUGCUCCGGACUCUCCAGUCCUGGCCUUUGUGCCAUCUAGGAAGCAGGCCAAGCUUACUGCGAACGAUCUGCUAGCCUACGCGCUUGCCGAUAGCGAUCGAGACGGCGGCGAGAGCCGGUUCUUGAACAUCGAAGCUGAAGACCUUAAGCCGCACUUGGAUCGAAUCGAAGACCGCGAUUUGGCAGACGUGCUGGAGAGUGGUAUUGCUUACUAUCAUGAAAGUAUGUCAAAGGGAGACAAGACCAUUGUCGAGAGGCUCUACAACGCAGGAGCAAUUCAAGUCGUGAUUGCAAGCAAGGAGACAGCCUGGAGCAUCCCUCUCACAGCGCACAUGGUCCUCAUCAUGAGUGUCCAGACGUACGACGGCAAGCAACAUCGCUACAUCGACUACCCCAUCACAGAUGUCCUUCAGAUGGUAGGACGCAGUACACAGCUAGGGUCCGGCGAUGAGAGCAGCCGAUGCAUCCUCUUGUGUCAAUCCUCUCGCAAGGAAUUCUACAAGAAGUUCCUGGCGGAAGGCUAUCCUCUGGAGUCACACCUGCACCUCUUCGCCGAGGACUUUUUCAAUGCUGAGAUUGUUGCCAGGACUGUCGACGACAAGCAGGCUGCGGUUGACAUUUUGACCUGGACACUGAUGUACCGACGCCUACAGCAGAAUCCUCAAGCUUACAACUGCCAUGGAAGCACGAUGCAGCACAUCGGUGACUUCCUCUCCGAUCUGGUCGAAAAGACUCUGUCUCAAUUGGAAGACAGCAAGUGUGUUGCAAUCGAAGACGACAUGGAUGUCAGCCCUCUCAAUCUGGGUAUGAUCGCCAGUUUCUACAAUGUCUCGUACGCUACCAUCGAUGUCUUCAAUCUGUCUCUCAAAGAGAAGACGAAGAUGAGGGGACUCUUGGAGAUUGUCACGUCGGCAGAGGAGUAUGAGAACAUUCCCAUUCGUCAGCACGAAGACGUCAUUCUGCGCAGGCUGCACGAUCGGAUGAAGUUCAAGCUGGCUAAGUUGGAGCCAAACAACCCGUCACACAAGGCCUUUGUCCUGCUACAAGCGCACUUUGCCCGGCUCUCACUACCUGCCGAUCUCGAGGUCGACCAGAAGGCGGUUCUGGCCAAGGUGCUCAACCUCUUGAGCGCCUGCGUCGACGUCAUGUCCUCGAACGCGUACCUGAAUGCGAUUGUGGCAAUGGAGCUCUCGCAGAUGUGUGUACAAGCAGUGUGGGACAGCGAUUCGCCACUGCGUCAAGUGCCCCACUUCACCUCGGAGAUCAUUGAGCGCUGCAAGUCCAAGGGUCUUGAAGACGUCUAUGCUCUAGGUGACGCGCUGGGUGACAUGGAGGAAGACGAAAGGGACGCUCUCUUGCAGCUCGACGCGCGCAAGGUGGCUGAUGUGGCCAAGUUGGUCAACCAAUACCCAUACCUGGAAGUCGAGGCCGAGGUGGAGGAUGAUGCCAAUCUGCGUGCCGGGGAUUCGAUCACGCUCAACGUCAAGCUCUCAACGGAUGAAGAAGAAGACGAGUCCGACGAGGCUGGCGCAGCAGUCGAGGCCGUCUCGGCGCCCUUCUACCCGGGACGUAAGAUCCUCAAUUGGUGGAUCACCCUUGGCUCGCCUGGCACGCGCAACCUCCUUGCCAUCAAGCGUGUAGCAAUGACAAAGACGAAGCUCUCCCUCAAGCUAGACUUUACGCUGCCCAAGGGAGUGCAUGAGAAUUUGCGACUGUACUGCGUUUCGGACUCGUACUUGGGAGCGGAUAGGGAGGUGCCUCUUCCUACGCUGGACGUUGCUGAGGGCGAGGAUUCGGAUGAGGACGAUGAGGACGAUGCGGGCAUGUCUGGAGAAGAUGAAGACGGAGCAGCAAAAGAUGGAGACGUGGAGAUGAGUGAAUAAAGGAACGAAUGGCUUGUCUGUAAUAUGAACAAGAGGCAGAGAUGGUUUGUCUGCAAUCAAAAUGAGUUUCAUCGCAUC